UAUGAUAAGCACUUUCCCUUCAUACAAUUCAAUCAUUGUGAUGUUUUUUAUAUUCUUACUGGGUUCUUAUUAGAAUUUCAUUUCCUUACGGAAAUCAUGACGCUCAUAAGCUAGCUCUCGAGUCAUUAGAAAUAUUUUGUUCAGUCGCCAGUCAAGUGUUGUAAAAAUUGCAUUAUUGAUAAAACAACUGAUAACACUGGCAUAAAAUGUCAAUAACAAAUCAGUGACGUUUUGCAUCAGAAAAUUAGCAAAUUUCGUGCCUACCUUAUUUAUUUUCAAAAUGUAUUCACUAUCUGAACGCGUGGAAUAAUAUAAUGUUAUAAUUUUAAAUAAAUCUAUAGAGAGUAACUAAUAUUCAAUCAAAAUGACAACGAAAGAGCUGUACACAAAGGAUGCCCAAGUGUGGGUGGAGAAUGCCGAUACGGUGUGGGAGAGCGCUACUGUGGUUGCAGACUAUCGGUCCGGGGUGCUCAUUGUUAAGCUGGACCAGUCUGGAGAGAUUCGGCAGAUUAAGAUAGCAGAUGAGAACAAACUACCGCCCCUUAGGAAUCCCUCACUGCUGAUUGGUCAGAAUGAUCUCACAUCUCUAUCGUACCUGCACGAACCAGCAGUGCUGCAUAACUUGAAAGUCAGAUUUUGCGACCGCAACGCCAUCUACACUUACUGCGGCAUCGUUCUCGUGGCCAUCAAUCCUUACUAUGAAUUGCCUAUUUACGGCGAUGAGACAAUCAUGGCGUACCGUGGUCAGUCUAUGGGCGACCUGGAUCCACACAUCUUCGCGGUUUCUGAAGAGGCGUACACCAAACUCGAGAGCGAACGACGCGACCAGAGCAUUAUCGUGAGCGGCGAGUCCGGUGCUGGCAAGACAGUGUCUGCCAAGUAUGCGAUGCGAUAUUUCGCUGCGGUCGGCGGUAACGCCAGCGAAACUCAAGUUGAAAGGAAAGUACUGGCUUCCAGUCCCAUAAUGGAGGCCAUAGGAAAUGCGAAAACUACAAGAAACGACAACUCCUCCCGCUUCGGCAAAUUCAUAGAGAUUCACUUCGACAACAUAUACCGCAUAUCCGGCGCCAGUAUGCGCACAUAUCUGCUGGAGAAGUCUCGGGUGGUUUACCAGAGCGCGGGGGAGAGGAAUUACCAUGUGUUCUAUCAGUUGUGCGCGGCGGCAGCUUUCAUGCCAGAGUUGCAGCUAGACCACCAGGACACCUUCCACUACCUGAACCAGGGGGGCAGUCCCAACAUCGACAGCGUCGAUGACCUGAAGACGUUCAAUGAGACGAGACACGCGCUCACUACACUCGGCGUAACGGAGAGCGAACAACAGAACAUGUUCACUGUCCUGGCGACCAUUUUACAUCUGGGUAACAUCGAGUUGACCACCGACAGCGAUCCCACAACUGAUAUACAAGAUGGCGCCUUCAUCAGCCCCAACGACAAACAUCUCCACAUCGUCUGCGACCUGCUCGGGCUCCAGAAGCCGGAGCUGCUGCGCUGGCUGACGCACCGCCGCAUUGCGUCCGCGCACGAGGUUAUCGUGUCUCGGAUGGACGUGCAGCGAGCGGCGGCGGCGCGCGACGCGCUCGCCAAGCGGAUGUACGGGGAGCUGUUCGCGUGGCUGGUGCGCGCCGUCAACAGGGCGCUGGACACCGGCCACGCCAAGAAGCAUUUCAUUGGUGUGCUGGACAUCUACGGUUUCGAAACAUUCGAAAUAAAUUCCUUCGAACAGUUCUGUAUAAAUUACGCUAAUGAGAAAUUACAACAGCAGUUCAAUUCUCACGUGUUCAAGUUAGAGCAAGAUGAGUAUAUAAAGGAAGGCAUAUCGUGGAAGAUGAUAGAGUUCUACGACAACCAGCCGUGCAUAGACCUGAUCGAGGACCGGCUGGGCGUGCUGGCGCUGCUGGACGAGGAGUGCCGCGUGCCGCGCGGCUGCGACGCGGGCUUCGCGCGCAAGCUGGCCGCCGCCUGCGCCGCCUACCCGCACUUCCUGCGCCCGCGCUUCGCCGCUUCCGCGUUCAUAAUAAAACAUUUCGCCGACAAUGUGGAGUACCAGUGCGGGGGGUUCCUGGAGAAGAAUCGGGACACCGUCUCUGAAGAACAAUUGGAGUGCAUCAGAUCCGCCACAUCCUGCCGUCUCGUCCAGGUGAUGUUCGCCCCGGAACGUCUGGAAACGUCUAACACUUUACCUCCGCCCACCAGAAGGAAGACCAAUGCUAACGUACCAGUCGCCAGUCUCACUCAACCCCCAAAACGCGCUUCCGGACAAAAACAAACGGUCGGCGCACAGUUCCGAGCGUCGCUCUCGGCGCUGAUGGCCACGCUGUCAGCCACCACGCCGCACUACGUGCGUUGUAUCAAACCCAAUGACACCAAGCUCGCGUUCAGCUUCGAUCCGGCCAGGGCUGUUCAUCAAUUGAGGGCGUGUGGUGUCUUGGAAACCAUCAGGAUAUCAGCGGCCGGGUUCCCUUCGCGAUGGUUGUAUCAGGAUUUCUUCCAUAGGUAUCGCCUCCUAUGUAACCACAAAGAGAUAGACCGUGCCGACAUAAAAUCCACCUGCGGGAGAGUACUGGCCAAACAUCUCAAAGAUCCGGACAAAUAUCAGUUCGGAGCAACAAAGAUAUUCUUCAGGGCUGGGCAGGUGGCGUACUUAGAAAAGAUUCGUGCUGACAUCCAACGUUUGUACUGCGUGCGCGUUCAAAGUUGCGUUCGUCGGUUUGUCGCCAGGAGAAAGUAUCUGAGAGUGAUGAGAGCUGUCAGAGGUGUUCAGGCCCACGCCAGGGGAUUCUUGGCGAGACGCAAAGCACAAGAAGUCCGCCGCAACCGCGCCGCAAUCAAAAUCCAGAGAAAUGUCCGAAUGUGGCUCGCCAGGGUGAAGUACCAGCGUCUGAGGACAAUCACCAUCGGACUACAGGCCUACGCCAGGGGACUGCUCGCCAGGAGACUGUACCGGGACCGGAGGAAAGUCAGAGCGGUGCUUGCAAUACAGCGAUACGCGCGCGGAUUCCUCGCGAGACAGCGGGUGAAGAAGAUGAGAAGGCAGAUUGUCAUCUGUCAGGCUGCGAUACGCCGUUUCCUGGCGCGGCGCCAGUACAAGCGCCUGCGCAUCGAGGCCAGGAGUCUGGACCACGUGAAGAAGCUGAACAAGGGGCUGGAGAACAAGAUUAUAAGUCUCCAGCAGAAACUUGGUGCUGCCCUGGACAGGGCCAAGGGUAUAGAGCCAUUGCAGAUGCAAGUCGUUGAAUUGAGGGCCAAGUUGGAACUCCUCCGAUUGGUUGAAAUCGAAUCCAAGACCCUCAAAGUGGACAUAACAGAGAAGAACAACCUCAUCGCGUCCCUGCAAGCGGAACUCACGAGCGAAAGGGACAGCAACAAGCGGCUCGCUGAAGAGAAGAAGAUGAUAGAAGAACAGUACAAGAAGGACAGAGAAGAGUGGGAGGCGGAGAGUGAGAAACUGGCGAGGGAGCUGAAGAGUGAUAAGGAGAAUUUCGAGUUGAUAAUUGAAGAGCGUGACAAACAACACAAACAAGAGAAGGAGGCGUUGAGUGAAGAGUUGGAGGCGGAGAGGCAGAGUCGGCAGAAGCUGUUGUCUUCACAGUACGAGUUGCAAGAGAGAAUCGAUUCUUUGCAGAGGACCCCAGCAACCAAAGAACACAGAAGGUCUCUGUCGGACGCAAGCACUAAUUCUCAGCAGGAAACCACCGUGGAAGAUGAUUAUGGUUACGGUUCUGUCAGGUCCGUGGAGACCACUCGGCCCGCGCUGGAGGCCGUCAACUGGUCCACUGGAGCGCCCAACGGUGGAGCGCCUAUUGCCGACGCCGGUUUGGUAUUAAGGAUGCAAAAUAGGAUAUCGGCGCUUCAGAGCGAACUUUCUAGAACAACGAAAAGAGCGACCGACCUGGAGGAACGGCUGAUGAAUCGUCUCUCAUCACCCCCGACCAAUCCCAACAUUGACAGGUUCAGGGUUGAAGAAUUGGAGAUUGAGAACAAGAAGUUACGCGAGAAUCUGGACAGGUUGAGGGCGGCCGGAGACAGCGUGCUGAUAUCAAAGGAGGUCAUUGAACAACUGGGCGUUAUGCAAAAAGAGCUGGACCGCAGAAGAGACGAGUGUAUCCAACUGAAGAGUGUUCUCACCAAUCAGACGGUGAAUCUGAAGUCGCUUGCAUCUUCCAACUACGGCUCUGACGUGGACAUCAUCAAUGAGGAUGGGGAGCUGGCUUCCGCGUACGAAGCCCAGAAAGGCAUUAACAGACAACUGCAAGAAGAAUUGUACGCCGAGAAGAAGUUCUACUCUGAACACAUCAGCAGAACGAAGACCGAGUUGGAGCGGCUUCGAGAGGAGAAUGAGAAAUAUCAGAAGUUGCUCAGCUCGGAUCUAAGUCAGGAGCCGAAGAACAAAAGUCAAGAGUUCGCCCAGAAUGAGAUCAUCCGUCUGGCUGCGGAGAGUUUGGCGUUGCAGGAGCGUGUUGACAAACUGUCUGAGAGUUGCCGCCGUUACAAGAAUCAGAUUCGUCUGCUGGUGAACAAGCUGAAGGAGGUCGGCGUGGAAGACGUCAACGACAUACUGGAUAGCGGUGACGCAGUUGUAGCUGUGAACGCGUCGCUGCCCCUGGAGAUGGCGCCAGUGACGCGCAAGAAAGAGAGGGAAUACCUGGGAAUGUUUGAAUACAACGAGCGGGACGAGCCGGUCAUCAUCAAGAAACUCAUCACUGAUCUAAAACCGAAGGUGGCCGUGACCCUGCUGCCUGGUCUCCCGGCGUACAUCCUGUUCAUGAUGCUGCGUCACAUGGACCACGUUGAUGACGAGGCCAAGAUGCACAAGCUGAUGAAGGCGGUCCGCACCGGCAUCAAGAAGACGCUGAAGAGGAGGGCCGACAGCGUGGAGCACAACGCUUUGUGGCUGGCCAACAUGCUCAGACUCCUGAACAAUCUACGUCAAUACAGCGGGGACGCUGUCUAUCAGGCGGCCAACACGCCCAGGCAGAAUCAACAAUGUCUGAGAAUCUUCGACUUGUCUGAGUACAGGCAGGUACUGAGCGACAUAGCCGUGUGGAUAUACCAGGGUCUAAUCCACCUGCUGGAGCGGCAGCUGGACCGGCUGAUAGUGCCCGCGAUCCUGGAGCACGAGGAGAUCUCCGGGCUGUCGGGGCCGCCGCGCCCCGCGCCCGCCAGCGCCGCGCCCGGCCCCGCGCGCCUCAAGCAGGAGUUGUGCUCGACCCACGACAUAAUGCGCGCCCACGCCGUCGACACUCAGCUUGCGGUGUCAAUAUUCAAACAGUUAUUCUACUACAUAUGCGCGUACAGCCUCAACCAGCUACUCCUGCGCAAAGACCUGUGCUGCUGGGCCAAGGGGCUUCAGAUACGGUACAACAUUUCACAUUUGGAGACCUGGAUCAAGGAGCACUUGGCUGAAUACGGACAGAAGAACGUGGAAGAAAUCCUGAGUGUGCUGAAGCCGAUCACUCAAGCUGUCCAGCUGUUGCAAGCUAGAAAGUCCAUGGCGGACGUGCAGAGCACUGUGGAGAUGUGCUGCAACCUCACUGCCAUGCAAGUGUGCAAGAUCCUGAACAUGUAUACGCCCGCUGAGGAGUACGAAGUGAAGGUGACCCGCGAGUUCAUUCACGAGAUACAGAAGAAAAUGCAGGAGAAGGCUGGACCGCUCGCUGAUAAGGAACCGCAAAACCUGCUUAUGGACACGAAGAUGAUAUUCUCCGUUCAGUUUCCUUUCAACCCCUCCUCGAUACGUCUGGAGGCCAUCGAAUUGCCCGAAGUCUUAGAACUGGACGGUUUGCUCACCAAGAUAUAAAUUUGUUAAGUUUCUCACUUAAGUGCAGUGAGAAAUUGGUGUUUCUCGUUUUAUCACGAUGAGAAACAUGUUACUGUCACUCCCUUGUAUUCUGAGAUAUGUUACUCGCAUAGUUUGAAUUAUAAAUAGAAAGUUUAUUUACCAGCUUAAUGACUUUAUGACAUUGCAUUGUCAUACAAACAACACGUCACUUUGAACAUCGGAAAUAAAGGUAAUUUACAAGAUUUGAUUUCAGACAGACUCCAAAAUAAAAAUAAAACAUCGGAAAGACAAACCUUUGAAAUGUCGCUAUAGGCGAAUACAAUGUUUAUAAUUACAUUUCAUAAAUUAUGUUAUGUUAUUUUUACCUGGUGUUUUCAAUGAAGAAUCUUUAUUCCCGCCAAUAGAUGGCAUUAUUUGAAUUUCAAAUGAUAAAUUCUGUUAAUUUCAUUAAUACUCUGUAUAUUUUUCAAAGAUGUCAGCCAUUUCGUUUUUGUUUUUCUACCAUUUUGUAUUUUGUUUCUCUGUUAUUUGGCGAGAAAUAUUAUUUUAAGGUGGACUAUUUAUUUAUGUACUAUAAUUAUUUAUAAAUUAUUUUAAAAUUAUGUUAUAUGCGGUACAUACGAAUUAAAUACAUAUAUUUCAAGGAAAUGUAAAGGAUACUACUGUUUUGUGUUUUCGAGUCCCGGGUUCGGUCUCCUGUUCACUUCUUAGAAAAAAAAAGUGAACAAUUUUCUCUUAUGUGACAGGCCACACUGUUGAAUAUUUGUACUUAAUUUAUUCGUACCUAACUACAUUCCAACGAAAAUUACAUUCCAGUUUAUGCCAUAUUAUUUUGUUAGUGCCAUGAUUUAAAAAAAGUUCGCUAUUUAAAAAAAGGAGGAAUCAAAUGAUUUUUUAUUUAUUUAUUAUAAUAGAGAUUUUUUUUGCGUAAAUCAUUAAGUCCCAAAACUAAUUUAUUUCAUUUUGAAAUCUUUUAAUGAAUUUAAUUUACAAUAAUUUUAAAUUUAUCAUGUUUUUUAUUAUUAAUAUUUAUUUUAUUUUGAUUUUUUGUUUGUCAUACAUGAUUUAAAAAAAACAACGAAGUAAACUAUUUUUCAUGUUACUGUGCAUUUUUUAGAAUUGUUUAUAUUAUUUUUUAUAUAUUCUCUCUUAUUUUAUAAUAUUUUUAUGAUGACCAAGUGCUAGAUUUAAUAGGUAUAUUACAAUAACUUUUUAUGCAUAUUAGAUUUUUGUAUUUAACAAAAUUCUAAAAUUCCUACCCUAAGUUUUGUAGCAAAAUUUGGUAUGCUCAUGCGGUCGGUGUGAGUAAUGUGUACUUAAAAUUUUACACGUUUUUUUAAAAUUAUUAUUGUGUUCCUAGUUAAAAGAGUUUAGAAAACAGUUUCUUAUAUUUUUUUUUUCAGACCGACUGUACUAAUUUUAUAUUUAGUAGAAAUUUAAUAUUAAUUGCAUAACAACAUAGUGUGAUAGUUCAAGUAUUUAUACUGUAGGAAAAGUACCAAAAUCAAUAUUAUUUUUAUCGUUAUUAUGAUUAUUAAGUUUUUUCUUUAAAAAAAAACCACACUUGUUUCCGUUAAAUCUUUUUAAAGUUGAGAAAACAUUAAUGUAUUACUGAAAAAAUAUUUAUGUUUUACUGUUAAAACCAGUUAUAAUAUGUAUGAUAGAAAAAUUGUUGUUUUGGAAUAACAAAAUUUGUACUAAAAUAUAUUUAAGUUCGGUUAAGGAGGACCUUUAAACAAUAUUAAAUAUUCGAUUUUUAUCAUCCAACAAUCGUAUUGAAUACCAAGAUAGCAUUUAUGUGAUAUGAUGUGAUCACAUGCUUUGAAAUGAAAAAGUAACGAUCCGCUCUCUCUGUCCCAUAUUGAAUUUUCACGAAGUUGAAUUAAUGCGUGUUAUUUAAUCUAAAUGUAUGCUUAUUUAAAUCUUUAUACAAUAAUUGUUGUAUAACGCUUUUAGUAUAAUGGUUAUUUCCAAUUAAAAAUAAGAGUUUUAACAGUGUUACCAUUAUAUUAGGUGCUCAUACACAGCUGUAGUAUUAUUUAUAUUAUAUUAUACACAUUUGCAUCGUUAGUAUAGAAUUUUAGACCUUAUAGUUAUAAACCCAAGGUUCAAAGUGUUAUAAUAGAUGUUUAUAGUAUUUUUCUAGCAAAUAAAAAUGGCUACUGUCAAUUGAUUAAGUGCGCCAUGCUUGAGAUCAGAAAUCAAGGCAGCAAAUAACAUCCGAAUUAAAGGAACAAUAUAUUUAUUUAUUUAUUUUAUACGUACACACAUACGGUCACGUCUAUAUCCCAUGCGGGGUAGACAGAGGCAAUCAGUCAUGAAUAGACCGAAAGGUCACAUUCGGCUAUUUUAUUAUGACAAGAAAUAAAUAAAUCAUUGUACUAAAAUGAAAUGAUGUUAUAAAAAAAUAUACAUCGGUUCACUAUAAAAAAGAUUGUGUGUAACUUAACUAUGGGUCCUUUAAAUCUUCUUCAAAAAAUCUUGUUAGUAAAACACAAUAAUUUAAUAUAAACAUUUGUUUUUUUUUUACAAAUAAAUUGUUACCAACUUUUAAAUUUAGUUCUUAAAAUGUAUAAAUAUCAUUAAAAAUGCUUAAAAAGGUACAACAAUGUGUAAAGGGUAAUUCCGCACUGUUUUUGUUAAAAUAUUAUUUUCAAUAUAGUCACCAUACACAUAUGUAUUAAUAAAAUAAACUGCUGGCUAAAAGCCUCCUUUAACAUUCUCAAGACAGAAUUUUUGCAUCAACGAAAAAUUAUAACGUUUUUAAAAGAAGAACAAGUGUGUUCUAGAAACUGGUAACAUGCACUUGAAAUAAUUAAAAAGAUCAUUGUUCGUUCUAUAAAUACAUAUAUAUAUAGCAGGGGAACAAAAAAAAAAUAUAUAUAUAUAUAAACAGAUUGGCCAGUGUCUUAGAUUGUGUAUGUAUAUAUGUAUUUAUCAUAAAAUAUAGUAUUGUUGAGUUGCUAUCCUUAGAGGAAACUUAUUUUGAGAGUAGCUCAAUUUGUGUGAUUUACCAUAUUUAUCUAAUAAAAUUUACUAUUAGGGUGCUCAAGUUAUAGAAUCCUUGUUAGAUUAUAUUAAAAAAUAUAUAUGUAUGUUGAAUAUAAAUGUUAUCUGUAAUAUAUCAAUAAUAGCUUCCAAUUCUGAAGAUAUUUAUGUUAAAAUAACAUUGUUAUAUCAUGAAAUCAAAUGGAUGUUUAGACCUUAACACUUAUGAAGCUAAAUUAUUAAUAUCACUGUUAUUUAUUUACUGAAAACUAUAUAGCACUCAAAUAUAUUUAUUGCAUAGAGUGUAUUUAAAUUAAAAAAAUCUAUAUAUUGUUAUUUUGAUGUGACAUGCGGUCUAUUGCUUUUGUGUAUAAAAUAUAAACGUUAGAUGGCUGUUAGAUAAAGUUUAUGAGAUGUUCGUACUAUUGGUAGGUUUUAGACAGAUUCAGCUUUCACUAUUCAGUUUUCUACCGAGUUAGAUAAAUUAUGUGUAUUAUUUUCCAAAAUGAACGACAUGAAUCCUACUAAUAUUAUAAAUGCGAAAGUUUGUGAGUAUGUCAGGAUGUCAGUAUGGAUGUUUGU